AAAACAAAAAGCCAUAACAGUUUAACUAUGAACGAAUCACAUGUUACCAAUUACCGGUAACCGAUAUAAGCAAAACAAAAGGAACAAUCAAUUCCCUUUUCCUUCACAUGAACCCUAAUUUUCUUUCUUUUUCACCUUCGAACAAGAUUUCAUCUCCGUUAUCUUCUUCACCUUUUCAAAUUGCCAACACCUCAAUUACUUUCUCAAGUGACUAUUAGUGAGAAAUGCAAGAUCCAAGGAUUCCUUUGUCAGAGGAGAUAUUGAGUAUUAAACCAAAGAAGAAGAAAAACUCAACCCAGAAGGCAUCUCUACUUCAACUGCAAGGAAAUAUUGUCAAGGGAGGGGGACAGGCUCCUCUUCCAUUGAAAUCAGGACACAAAAAUUCCAAAAGACACUUGAUGACUGAAGUCUCGCCACCUUUUCAGAGACCAGAAGGUUCCAAUUCAGAUUCGUUGCCCGACUCCUCUGCGGGUGGAAAUGAAUACCGUCAAUUGAGGCGGAAGUAUUUGCAAUUGGAGGACGAUGGUUUUGUAUUAGGAAAAGAGCUAAAAGAGGCUGAAGAUCAGGUAAAGACCCUUGAAGAGGAGAAGAUUGCAUUGUUGGAUCAACUUGUUGUAAUGGAAGGCCUUGUUGAUCCCUUGGAGAUUCACUCAUAGUGUUUGCAAUUAUCUAUAACUUCAUCUUCUGAUUGUGACACCUACAUGUUGUUAUAUAUGUAAUGCCUAUAUAGAAGUUUGAUGGAUAAAAAUCAUCUGUAGAGAUUUUACAAGUUAAAUUCUAAAGUUCACUGAUGUCUAAAAUGGAGUUCAAACUUCAUAUACAUUACUAGUUUUGUCGUAGUUGAUGUAGAUUGUUCAUAUUUCUUGUUCAUCAUCUGGAUUCCUAUAUGAUUUACUAUGAAUUGUGAUGUACUGUUUUAGAAAUCAGCAACAUGCUGUCAUUGGACAAUGAACUUGGGGCUCAGCUAGAGAGCAAAGAUUACUCUGGAAAAUGGCUCUUGAGUAAGAGGGUGUCGCAAUGUUACUCAUGAAUGUUGUUGCAUUUUUUGUUGUUUCUGAUAUGUAUAGAAUUUUACUAUUUUACCA